GCUUCCCACGCGGAGGGGGUCCCCAGCAGCCCGGGAGCGACCUCCCUGAGGCCGCGACCCCGAGAUCUACCGCCGAAGGCUCUGGGCCUGCGGCCUGGCGGGACAUGGCCUUGGCCGCUGUGGCGGCAGCAAGACUGGGCCUUGGCCGGGCCCCUCCGCUCCUCCUGCGGCGCGGCUACCAGACAGAGAGGGGUGUCUACGGCUACCGGCCUAGGAAACCCGAGAGCCGGGAGCCCCAGCGCGGCCUGGCGCGCCCCCCAGUGGACCAUGGCCUUGCCAGGUUGGUGACGGUGUAUUGUGAGCAUGGCCAUAAAGCUGCCAAAAUCAACCCCCUCUUCACUGGUCAAGCCCUGCAGGAAAAUGUGCCUGAAAUCCAAGCCCUCAUGCAGACCCUGCAGGGACCCUUUAAUACCACAGGAUUAUUGAACAUGGGGAAGGAGGAGGCCUCUCUUGAGGAAGUCGUAGCCUAUCUCAACCAGAUCUACUGUGGGCAGAUUUCUGUUGAAACCUCCCAGCUUCAGAGCCAGGAAGAGAAAGAUUGGUUUGCCAAGCGGUUUGAGGAACUGAAAAAGGAGGCAUUUACCACAGAAGAGCGAAAACAUCUGUCAAAACUAAUGCUAGAGUCUCAGGAGUUUGACCACUUUUUGGCCACCAAGUUUGCCACGGUGAAGCGAUACGGAGGUGAAGGAGCCGAAAGCAUGAUGGGCUUUUUCUAUGAGCUGCUGAAAAUGGCGGCCUACAGCGGGGUGACCGAUGUCGUUAUUGGGAUGCCUCAUAGAGGGAGGCUGAACUUAUUGACAGGCCUUCUGCAGUUCCCUCCAGAGCUGAUGUUCCAUAAAAUGCGAGGCUUAAGUGAAUUUCCGGAAAACGUCUCAGCCACUGGCGAUGUCUUGUCUCACCUGACGUCCUCGGUUGACCUGGACUUCGGGGCACACCAUCCCCUCCAUGUGACGAUGCUGCCCAACCCCUCACACCUGGAGGCCGUUAACCCCGUGGCUGUCGGGAAGACUCGUGGGAGGCAGCAGUCCAGACGGGAUGGGGACUACUCUCCAGACAGCUCGGCUCAGCCCGGGGACAAAGUCAUUUGCUUACAGGUUCAUGGUGAUGCUUCUUUCUGUGGUCAAGGGAUUGUUCCUGAAACGUUUACGCUCUCUAAUCUCCCACAUUUCAGAAUUGGUGGGAGUGUCCAUUUGAUUGUCAAUAACCAGCUGGGUUACACCACACCUGCAGAGAGAGGGAGGUCUUCCUUAUACUGUAGUGACAUUGGGAAGCUUGUGGGCUGCGCCAUCAUCCAUGUCAAUGGAGACAGCCCAGAGGAAGUGGUCCGGGCCGCGCGACUGGCGUUUGAAUACCAGCGCCAAUUCCGGAAGGACGUGAUUGUUGACUUGUUGUGCUACAGGCAGUGGGGCCACAAUGAGCUGGACGAGCCCUUCUUCACCAACCCCGUCAUGUACCAGAUUAUCAGAGCCCGGAAGAGCAUCCCCAACACAUAUGCAGAGUACCUUACGGCCAAUGGACUCAUGACCCAGGAGGAGGUGUCGGAAAUCAAAGCCUCCUACUAUGUGAAGUUAAAUGGCCAUUUAACUAACGUGGCCCACUACAGCCCCCCUGCCACCAACCUGCAGGCCCACUGGCAGGGCCUGGUGCAGCCGGAAGCUCGCAUCACCACCUGGAACACAGGUGUGCCCCUCGACCUCCUGCGGUUUAUUGGCAGGAAGUCUGUGGAGGUUCCGGAGGAGCUCCAAAUGCACAGUCACCUUCUGAAGAUGCACGUGCAGUCCAGAGUGGAGAAAGUGACGGACGGAACAAAGUUAGACUGGGCCACAGCAGAAGCUCUUGCCCUAGGCUCAUUACUUGCUGAAGGUUUUAAUGUCCGUCUGAGUGGCCAAGAUGUUGGCCGUGGAACUUUUAGCCAGAGGCAUGUGAUGGUUGUUUGCCAGAAGACUGAUGACACCUAUAUCCCCCUGAACCAUAUGGACCCUAAUCAAAAGGGGUUUCUAGAGGUCAGCAACAGCCCGCUGUCAGAAGAGGCUGUCCUGGGAUUUGAGUAUGGGAUGAGCAUCGAAAGCCCUAACCUGCUGCCCCUCUGGGAGGCUCAGUUUGGUGAUUUCUUCAACGGUGCCCAGAUCAUCUUUGACACAUUCAUCUCUGGAGGCGAGGCCAAGUGGCUCCUCCAGAGCGGCAUCGUGGCCCUCCUUCCCCACGGGUACGAUGGGGCUGGACCGGAGCACUCAUCUUGUCGAAUAGAGCGUUUCUUGCAGAUGUGUGACAGCGUGGAGGAGGGUGUGGACGGGGACACCGUGAACAUGUGCGUGGCUCACCCCACCACGCCUGCCCAGUACUUUCACCUGCUCCGAAGACAGAUGGUCCGGAACUUCAGGAAGCCCCUCAUCCUUGCUUCUCCAAAGACGUUGCUCAGACUCCCUGCAGCUGUGUCAACUCUUCAAGAAAUGGCACCAGGAACAACAUUCAGACCGGUCAUUGGUGAUUCAUCUGUGGAUCCAAAAAAGGUGAAGAGUCUAGUGUUCUGCUGUGGCAAACAUUUCUAUGCCCUGCUGAAGCAAAGAGAGUCUUUGGAGGCCAGGAAGCAUGACUUUGCCAUCAUUCGAAUAGAAGAACUCUGUCCUUUCCCCUUGGAUUCACUGCAAGAAGAGAUGAGCAGAUACAAACACGUUGGAGAUUUUAUUUGGAGUCAGGAGGAGCCUCAGAACAUGGGUCCUUGGUUUUUUGUUUCUCCAAGGUUUGAAAAGCAACUGGCCUGCAAGCUCCAUCUGGUGAGCCGACCCACGUUGCCAGUACCUGCGGUGGGAAUUGGCGCCAUUCAUCUACAGCAGCAUGAAGAAGUCCUCACCAAGACCUUCACCCGAUGAUGCCCUUCAAAGAAACACUACUUCCUUGUAAGAAAACUGCCAUGAAAAGAAAUUCUUGCCUCCUCCACUCUCUCCUCCUUUCGUUAGGUACAAUGAAAAGACUGUAUUCCUGGAAGAUGUUGAGAUUGAUCAGGACAGAGGAGAGGUUAAUCCAGAAUACAUGGAACGGCCAAAGGAAUUGUUCAUCAAGACAGGAAUCCCACAAGUUACUUCCAUCCUUAAACGUACCAGAGUGUUAUAUUUUGUUAGAUCUGAGUGAGUUGUAGAGCUGAGUUCUUAUCCAGAUGUUUUCACACUCAGCUCUUUCUAAUUAACUGGAUAUACCCAGGAAAAGUUCUUGAGCCUGAAUUUAUAGCUGCAUAGGGAUUACCUCAACAUUACUCCCUAUUUUCUUGACGCAUGUCACUUUCAUGAAUUUUCCCUUCUUUAUUCAAAGUCCUUGACUACCUGUAUUUUCGUUUUAUGUCAUCUCUGGUGCUGCUUUCCAGCCACUGUGAAAAACGUUUCACCAAACACUACAGGAAAACUGUAUUAUUGGGACUUCCUAGGUGGCGCAGUGGUUAAGAAUCUGCCUGCCAGUGCAGGGGACACGCGUUCAAUCCCUGAUCCAGGAAGAUCCCACAUGCCACAGAGCAAUUAAGCCUGUGAGCCACAACUAUUGAGCCCAUGUGCCACAACUACUGAAGCCGAAGUGCCUAGAGUCCGUGCUCUGCAACAAGAGAAGCCACCGCAACGAGAAGUCCAUACACCGCAACGAAGAGUAGCCCCCGCUUGCCGCAGCUAGAGAAAGUCUGUGUGCAGCAACGAAGCCCCAGUGCAGCCAAUAAAUAAAUAAACAAAUAAAUAAAUUUAACAGAACUGUAUUAUCCCUGAUUUGUGUUCUUCAAGAUCACUGUUUUACCCGUUAUCCUUAAACAUAGGUCCUAUAGAAAUAUAAACCUCCAGGUGUAUGACCCUUUAGCACAGUAUUAUUAAGCUGUGUUAUAGCUACAAUGAAAUUGAUUUGUGGUCUACUUUGCCAUACUAUCUUUUUUUCCCCCUAAAUUGUUCUUGCCACGAUACCUUAAAAUUUUUAAUUAACUCUGGAUGUCAGAUAUGGAAAUUUCAGCCCCUGGUUGAUGAGCCUGGCCUCUAAAAGUCCCUGCUGCCAUAUGAUGCUAAUCUGUGAUACUUAAGGAUCACUUUAACUUUGAUAGCGGGAACUUCCCAACAUCAGGUGCUUUGGGGAUUUCUGGAGAUCACCAACCCACUCCCUUAUUCUGAAAUUAAGUUUCGUACUGGAAGUAUAACUAAACAUCAGCAAACUGUGUAGCUUUACAUGGCUUGGUGCUGCAGAGACGACCAUGUACCAUUCUUGUGCCUGGACCCUGUUUUUCUCAGAAACGGGGGAAGUACCGGGGCCCUGGAACACCCUCUCCACUUUUACUGGCAACGGUUAACGUCUUUCAGGAUCUUUGUGUAGUUUGUUCUGGCCACAGCAGUAGAUCCGUGACUCAAAUCUUAAACGUGUACAUUAGUGUACUGAUCUGCCAUUUCUGUAAUAUUCACAUCCCUUUUAUUCCUGUACACCUGAAUGCUUCCUUCCUUCGUCAAGCCUUAUAAAUCAUGUAACUUAAUGCCACAUAUGCCAACCAGUAAAAUUACAAAAGUCUAUUUAAUGAGAACGGUUAUCGAUGUUGUAUAUUGAACUAGAAAAAAAUAAAAGCAGUGUCAUUUUUUUUUUCAGAUCUCUCGGUUCCUUGAGUUAAAACAUUUCAAAAGUCUAAGCACAAAAUGAGCUGGGAAACUAGAUU